GCCAUGCAGGAAGCGCCAGCUGCGCUGCCCACGGAGCCAGGCCCCAGCCCGGUACCUGCCUUCCUCGGCAAGCUAUGGGCGCUGGUGGGCGACCCAGGCACAGACCACCUCAUCCGCUGGAGCCCGAGUGGGACCAGCUUCCUCGUAAGUGAUCAGAGCCGCUUCGCCAAGGAAGUACUGCCCCAGUAUUUCAAGCACAGCAACAUGGCGAGCUUUGUUCGCCAACUCAACAUGUACGGUUUUCGGAAGGUGGUGAGCAUUGAGCAAGGUGGCCUGCUCAGGCCAGAGCGUGACCACGUUGAAUUCCAGCACCCAAGCUUCGUGCGAGGCCGUGAGCAGCUACUGGAGCGCGUCCGCCGCAAGGUACCUGCCCUGCGAGGUGAUGACAGUCGAUGGCGUCCUGAAGACCUGGGCCGACUGCUGGGAGAGGUGCAAGCUUUGAGGGGAGUACAAGAGAGCACGGAGGCACGGCUGCAGGAACUCAGGCAGCAGAAUGAGAUCUUGUGGCGAGAGGUGGUGACCUUGCGGCAGAGCCACGGUCAGCAGCACCGGGUCAUCGGCAAGCUAAUCCAGUGCCUGUUUGGGCCACUUCAGACAGGUCCCAGCAGUACAGGACCCAAGAGAAAGCUGUCCCUGAUGCUAGAUGAGGGGAGCACAUGCCCAGCACCUGCCAGAUUCAAUGCCUGCCCCCUAUCUGGCGCUCUCCUCCAGGACCCCUACUUUAUCCAGUCGCCCCUCCCAGAGACUACCUUGGGCCUCAGCCCUCACAGGGCCAGAGGGCCCAUCAUCUCUGACAUCCCAGAAGACGCUCCAUCUCCUGAAGGACACAGGCUUUCUCCCUCCAUUGGUGGCAGGAGGGUGAAGGGUCUGGCGCCGCUCAAAGAAGAGCCGGCCAGUCCAGGGGGGGAUGGCGAGGCCGGGCUGGCCCUGGCCCCAAACGAGUGUGACUUCUGCGUGACAGCACCCCCACCGCUGCCUGUGGCUGUGGUGCAGGCCAUCCUGGAAGGGAAAGGGAGCUACAGCCCUGAGGGGCCCAGGAGUGUACAGCAGCCUGAACCAAGGGGCCCCAGGGAGGUACCUGACAGGGGAACUCUGGGCCUGGAGCGGGGUAACCGGAGCCCCGAGAGUCUGCUGCCCCCAAUGCUGUUUCGGCCUCCCCCAGAGACCGUGGAGUCCAUAGCACCCACGGAUGUGCUGGGCCCUAACCUGCAAGGACGAGAAUGGACCCUGAUGGACUUGGACAUGGAGUUGUCUCUGAUGCAGCCCUUGGCUCAAGAGAGGGGCGAGGCUGAGCUGACAGUCAAGGAACUGAAUCCUUCAGGUGUAGGAAAAGACCACACGCUGGGAACCCCACUCCUGCUGGACGUUCCCGCCGAUUUGGAGGGUACAGCCCUGUCAGUGCCUGGGGCUUUAACCCUUUACAAUACCCCAGAAAGCAGUGCCUCUUACUUAGACCCUGGAGCCAGUCCUUCCUCCCCCUGAAGCUCCCACCCCUCUGAAAAAGCCUGGCUGAACCGGCACGCAGCACACACCCCUUUAGGCUUCCUGGCGUCCCCUGGGGGGAAAUGAACGAAGCCCCGGUUAUGCGCAGCCUCUCUCCACUACCCUAGCGAGUCCUGCAACAUAAACUGCAUUCCCCAAA